AGCAAAUGAACACCUCUCCAUCGCUGACAACCCUACUAGCAUAACAAUGCCCCUUCUCGCCCGUUCUACUCGUAUCAGCCUUCCACUACUUACACGUCUGCCUAUCAGACGCCUAGCCACUCCCGCAGAUCUGACAGGAAAGACAGGCCCGCGUCAGUCCACGACACCGCCCAUUCCACCCGACCAGGAAAAACCUCUUGUAGACGAGACGUGGGUCUAUUCAAAGGAACGUGAUCCAAUGGCAAACAUGUCGGAAGAAGAAAAGGAAGCCAUUCGAAAACAUAUCAGACAAGAAAGUGCGCGAAUGUUUUCGAUUUCCUACGGAAUUAUUGGAGGUGGCAUGUUAAUUGCGGGACUGGCGGUGUGGUAUAACCUUAGUCCUGGCGAGCGUCGACGUUGAAAAGACAGCAAUGCGCGAGAUGUAUAGUAGUUCCUGUUACCCCUUUGUAUAUAUGAAGUAUUAUUGAAAAUGAAGAUGGAGAAUGCAUCUGCAGAAAAAUAUAACUUGCGAACACAUUCUAUGUUGGUGUCACAUCCCGCGCAUAAUGGUGACUCGCAGUUCAU